AUGACCGUAUUAUGUGAAUUCAUCAUCAUCAUCAUGAGCACCGGUUGCUCUGUCCUGCUCCUGUUGGCGGUGGUCGUCGUUCUCACAGGCCUCACACAAUGUUUCCAAGCACUAUUUGUGUUUGAUGGCAACUCCACUACCCACCGCGACGUUACCCGAAAAGCAGUUCUCCGAAAAACGGCCGAGGUCUGCCAAGACAUUGCUGCUGCAGAUGGACGAGACUUCACUCUAACUAUUGAUGACAGUCUAACAGCUGAGCGAGUACAGGAUGCAUGUUCUUCAGAAAAUUCCACCUCGCUCCUGUCCAGUGUCUUGUUCCAUAGUUCCAUUGCCAAAAUGUACUUCAGUAAUGCCAACGUGGAUUUAGUGUCUGUGUUGAGUGACAAACACCAUUUUGAUGGCGAGGCCUUUCAGGAAGGACGAGACUUGAUCACUCAAGGUGUGUCUGCUGUAAAAGCCAGUGUCAAACAGGAAAACUUCAUCGCAGGGCGCUGGACUCUUGGACGAGUAUGUCAUACUCUGCAGGACUUCUACAGCCACAGUAACUGGGUGGAGUUGGGGAACACAGCUCCUUACAGUGUUUUGAUCUCACCUGACCAACCUCUUGAGAAUCUGGCAGGUCUUAACAUUUCAACAUGCAGAAACUGUACGGGACAAAGCUGUGAUGACAACAUUUUGCCUGACGUGCUGCAACAGGGGCUCCUCACCUCUGGCUACUUCAGCCUCUUCUCUCCAGAAAAACCGGAAGGUAAAUGCAGUCAUGGAGGUCAAUUUGACCAAACUAGUAAACAGGACCCUCUCGGAGGCAUCAAUAAGGAUGACAUUGGAUCUAGCCAUGGCUCACUUCAUCAUCAAGCAGCUGAUUUGGCUGUAAAUGCAACCUUGGAGCUCCUUGAGGACAUCAGAAUAGCAGUAGGAGACAAAAACUUCCUACGCUUGAUGGGCCUAUCCCAGUCGUCCGCGCUAUGUUUUGUCAUCGACACCACAGGUAGUAUGAGCGAUGACAUAGCUGAAGCCAAGAGAGUUUCCUUUGACAUCAUCGACAGUAAGAGGGGAACUGAGCAGGAGCCUUCAGCCUACAUACUGGUGCCUUUCAAUGACCCAGGGUUUGGGCCUCUGCUGAUGACAACUGAUGCAGACACAUUCAAAGAAAGCAUCAACAAGCUGACUGCCAGCGGAGGUGGCGACAUCCCAGAGCUGUGCUUGUCUGGACUGCAGCUUGCCCUUACCGCGGCUCCUUCGUCCUCCGAGAUAUUUGUCUUCACUGAUGCUCCUGCAAAAGAUGCUGACUUGAAAAACACCAUCACUGCCCUUAUAGAGAGCACCAAGUCUGUGGUGACUUUCUUGUUGACGGACGUUCUGGCCAGGCGGCGCAAAAGAGCACUGAACCAAGCAGAUGCUCAGCUGUACCGUGACCUCGCCCGGGCUUCUGGAGGUCAGGCCAUUGAGGUCAGCAAGUCAGAUCUCUCUAUGGCUACGAGUGUUAUAGAGGAUUCCUCAGCCAGUGCCGUGGUGACCCUUUUUCAAGUAGUGAGGAAUCCUGGAAAGCCUGAUAAUUUUACAUUUACAGUUGAUGGUUCACUACAAAAUAUGACUGUUUAUAUAACAGGAACUCCAUCUCUCACCUUUAACCUCACUAGCUCCACAGGUGUAUCUCAGAGCUCCAGUGAGUCUAGCGGACCUCUGGCAUCUUUGAGUUUGGCAGGUAAUCUACGACGACUGAGCCUCAACAGUGAUAAAGAUACAGGACUGUGGGAAAUCAAAGUAGACUCCAAUGACCCCUACUCAGUCAAGGUUAUAGGUCAAAGUUCAGUGAAUUUUAUCUACAACCUUGUGGAAGCCCAUGAAGGAGUUCCUUCAGAAUACUUUCUGAAGGAAAGUCGGCCUCUAUCAGGUGGUAAUACCAGCCUUUUGGUCACAGUGACAGGAGGUGACGCUGUGAAGGUUCCAGAGAUCACACUGUACGACAGCUCAGGACCGACAGAGGUCAAUGGGACAAUGCAGUCAUUAGGAGACGGUAACUUCCUGGUGACAUUCAGUGAGAUUCCAGCAGGUGACUUUGUGGUUCGAAUGCGAGGAGAAGACAGCAGCUCAUCAUCAAGGUCAACUCCAGGCACCUUCCAGAGGCAGGCCUCUACUCAAAUCAAGACUUCUAGCAUCUCUGUGACUGCCCAGGCCAACAGCACCAACAUUGAACCAGGCUCUACUGUCUCCAUCCCUUUCACUGUCGCCACAACAAGUGGUGGAGUCCUCAAUGAAACAGCAACCGGGACUUUCACAGUGCGUGCCACCAAUGACCGGAGCUUUGAUUCCGCAUCACCCAGCUCUGUUACCAUAGAAGAAGGCAAUGGUGGGAAAGCCAACGGCACAGUGACUCUGACCGCUCCUGACAGUGCGACAUCAGGAUCAGACGUAACGCUUACAAUUGAGGCUGAAGAUGCAGCUGCCACCGAUAAUAACUAUGUUGUCCUGAGGUUUUCAGUUGCUGCUAAGGUAACUGAUGUCAACGGACCAUUGUGCCAGGAGGUCAGUACAUCCACCAACUGUCCCUCCUCUUCAUCACUCUGCGACUCCUCCCAAUGGGAGUUUGUGGCCAAUGUGACUGACGGCGUCAAUGGGACAGGCAUUGAAAGCGUCACCAUCCGUGAAGGGAACGGCACCCUCAACACGAGCACAGUGGUUGGACCAGGGGGCGAGAACGUCACCGUGGCCUCUUAUAAGGCCUCCUGCUGUGCAUACAGAGUGCAGCUGUCUGCUGUGGACAACGUGGGGAAUGUGGGCUUUUGUGUGGGCCAGGCAAAACAGUCCACCACAGUUGCACCUGUUACUACAGCUAACUGCCAAUGA